AUGGCUCGCUGCAAAAACACUGAUGGAAGUUACACAUGCCAUUGUCGAUCAGGUUACUAUGGAGAUGGAAUAACAUGUACAAAUAUUGAUGAGUGCACAGAGGUCCGGGAAUAUCCCUGUCACAGUGACGCCGUGUGUGAGAAUACUGAAGGCAGUUUUAGAUGUACUUGCAAAGCCGGCUUUUUUGGUGAUGGACGUAAAUGUGAACCUGACGCCGAUUGUACUGCGGGACAAUCCUGUAACGCGCAUGCGCACUGUGUGCGAAACAUACUCGGUGGCUAUGAGUGCGUAUGUAAUGGCGGAUUCACUGGAGACGGAACCACGUGUACAGAUAUCGAUGACUGUGCUUCUGAUACAACUAACGGAUGUCACGCGGAUGCCAUCUGUUCCAAUGUCAAUGGAGGGUACCAAUGUGAAUGCAAGGAGGGUUUUACAGGAAACGGCUGGCAUUGUGAAGAUCUCAAUGAAUGUGCAGAUACGUCACUGGGAGGAUGUGAUGCAAAUGAAAUAUGUGUAAACGAGUAUGGUACUUAUUCCUGUACAUGCAAAUUUGGAUACGAGGCUGAUCUGAACACUGGGGCUUGUGUGGAUAUCGACGAAUGUAGCAACCCCGGCAAUAAUGUCUGCGACAGUUUAGCGGAUUGCUACAACACUCCUGGUAGUUAUUAUUGUCAGUGCAAAGAUGGGACAGACGGUAAUGGAAUUACCUGUACAGCUAUUGAUGAAUGUAAACUGGGAACUCACGACUGCGACACCAACUCCAUGUGCGUUGACUUAGAUUUUGGCUUCUCAUGCGAAUGUCUGCCUGGGUAUAUAAGUGGAGGAGACACAUGCAAUGAUUUCGAUGAAUGUUCGGAUGCAGCUUUUAAUGACUGCCACGUGAAUGCCGCGUGUGCCAACGAAGACGGCUCAUACACAUGUACCUGUUUACCUGGUUAUGAUGGAAAUGGGUUUAUAUGUCACGCUCCAGACGUGUGUGAAAAUGUGGACUGCGGCGAGGCUUACUGUGAGCCUGUGGACGGCGUUGCCACGUGUGUGUGCGCCAAAGGUUAUGACUAUAUACUCGUCGGACAGACUUGUGAAGCCUUCGACGAAUGUGUGGAAGGAACCCCUUCCUGCGAUGAGAAUGCCGACUGCAUUCCUACAUCUGGUGGCUAUGAGUGUAAAUGUAUUGAUGGUUACUAUGGCGAUGGACAAACAUGUACAGAAAUAAGACCAUGUAACUGGAAAUCGCCUUUUGGACAUCGUUGUGGCGGCGAGAGUACUGGAUGUGAGGAAACCACGGGUGGUGGAUACAAGUGUCCCUGUGGAAUCGGAUUUAGUCGUAAUAGCGAUGGUAUAUGUGCUGAUAUCGAUGAAUGCAGUCCUGGAACUAAUACAUGUGUCGCCACUGCGCAGUGCACGAAUACGUACGGUGCAUUCCUUUGCACGUGCCCCGAUGGAUAUGGAGGCGAUGGUACGGUCACCGGGGAAGGCUGCAUUAACAUCGAUGAAUGUGCACUAGGGACAGCAAUAUGUGGCGCCAAUACCGAGUGCGUUGAUAACGAUGGUAGCUAUACCUGUUCGUGCGUUGACGGGUUCAGAAAAUCACAAGCCGACAGAUGCGUUGAUAUCAACGAGUGCAGUGAAAAUAAUCCGUGUGGACAGGACGCCAUUUGCACCAACACCAAAGGAAGCUACGAGUGUAUAUGUCAACUUGGUUUCCAAGGUGACGGCUUCACAUGCCAAGAUAUCGAUGAAUGUUUGGAAGGUACCCAUCCAUGCCAUCAAUUUGCCGACUGUAGCAACACACUUGGGAGUAGCACGUGUACUUGCCGGGAUGGUUAUAUUGGCGAUGGCAUAGUUUGUACUGAAACUGACCAGUGCCCUGGAGAGACUCUUCAAUGUGGGACUAACGAGUACUGUGUGAUGGUAGGCGGAUCGCCGACAUGUCAGUGCAAAGGAGGCUAUACCCUGGAUCUAUCUGGCAACUGUAUUGAUAUCAAUGAAUGCUUUGAGGGAACGGAUUCAUGUGAUCCGGCAGCAUCCUGUACCAAUACAGACGGGUACUAUGUAUGGCGUGUAAUGCAGGUUACCAAGGAAAUGGACACUUUUGCGAGGUGUGAUAUAACAACCAAUGUAUGGCAAUGUGAAGCACCAACCGCCUAUAAGAAGGAAGAAACCUUCUUUUUGAGGCCAAAUAGGACCAAGGCUUUUUUAAAAUACUUAAUGCGACAUUCACGAACAUAUGUUGAUGAGUGUGCAACUGGCGAUGAUAACUGUGACGUCAAUGCUGACUGUUAUAAUGGUCUGGGUAAUUAUGGAUGCCUAUGUAGAGAUGGUUUUACCGGCGAUGGAUUUUCUUGUGUCGAUAUUGAUGAGUGCAGCGGGGCAAACCAAUGUGGAAGUCACGUGACAUGUGUGAAUCAACCAGGUUCAUACGAAUGUCAAUGCAUAGAUGGAUUUUAUCAAGUUGAUGAUUAUUCGUGUAUGGAUAUCAACGAAUGUGAAACACCUGACGUAUGUAAGAACGGUGCCACGUGUAUAAACACAGUUGGGUCAUUCAAUUGUGCUUGCCUUGAUGGUUUCGAAGUCAGGUUUGGUAUCGAUGGAUGUUUUGAUAUUGAUGAGUGUGCUCGAGGAAGAGACAGUUGCCAUAGAGAUGCUGUGUGUGCCAACAAUGUCGGUAGCUACACGUGCGUAUGUAAGGAUGGCUUCAGCGGGGAUGGAACUAUCUGCACAGAUGUUAACGAAUGUUCACUCGGAAACUAUGGUUGUGUCGCACCGGCAACUUGUACGAAUGUUAUCGGCGGAUUCUACUGUGCUUGUCCUGACGGAUUUAUUUCUGAUGGAAAUAAAGGUUGUAUAGAUAUAAACGAAUGUGAAGAACCUGUGAGUUCGUACUAUGCCGCCGUAUGUCCUGAAGGAAGCCGUUGUAUUAACCAAUCACCAGGCUCCACGUGUACAUGUAUGAAUGGUUAUGAGUUACAGGCAGACACUUGUGUUGAUAUAAAUGAAUGCGAUCUUGGAUUAGCGUCCUGCCCAGAACAUAGUCACUGUAUCAACACAUUAGGCUCCUAUACCUGUACGUGUGAUGACGGUUUCUAUGGCAACCCAACGAUAUGUCUAGAUGUGAAUGAAUGCAACGAUCUGCUUGUAUGCGGUGCCCAUUCACAGUGUAUAAACACCGAGGGAAGCUUCAGCUGCAUUUGUGACAGCGGAUUCCAAUUGGUCACCUAUCCACAUGGACAAUGGUGUGAAGAUGUGAACGAGUGUGAAUUACCCGAAUUUGAAGGAUGCGGUAACAAUUCCAGGUGUUUGAAUCUUGCGUGUGGAGCAAUAUGCCAGUGCAAUGUGGGAUAUGAAAUGAUUGAUGGGCAGUGUGUUGAUAUCGACGAAUGUAGAAGACUUCAUGGUUGCAGUGCUAAUGCUAUUUGUAUCAACACUGAUGGUGACUAUGAAUGCCGAUGUAACGACGGUUACCAUGGUGAUGGAUUUGUCUGCACACCGAUUUGUGACCUAUCCGGGCCAUGUAACAACAAAAGAGCAUGUGUUAUGACCACUGAGGAAACUGGUGUGAUUCUACCAACAUGUGAUUGCCGGUGUAAAGAACACACAUGCAUGAACACACCGGGACUUGUGUGUGGAACCAAUGGGAAAACGUAUCUCAGUCACAACCACUUAAUCCUCACGAAAUGUCGAACCGGAGUGGGAGUUGGCUUUGAUUACCCCGGUCCUUGCAAACAUACAUUUACCUGUGAUGGGGUGCAGUGUCGUAAUGGUGCACAGUGUACUGUUGAAACUCGAACUGGAAGACCACGCUGUAAAUGCAUGACGUGUCCGGCCGAUCCGAAUCCCGUUCCCGUCUGUGGUAGCGAUAGGGUAACGUACCCCAGUCAAUGUGAACUAGAUUUUCAUGUGUGUAAGACAGGGAAGGUGAUUGUCAAAGCGUAUGACGGAGCAUGUAUAUACAAUUGCCGUCCUGGCCCAUGGGAACCAUGGUCGCCGUGCUCGGUCACGUGUGGGGAAGGAGGAGUGACAACACGGCAACGACACAUUCGAGAGGAAGGAAAUGAACUCGGGGAAAGCUGCCCAGCUCUGACAAUUACGAAAGCUUGUCCAGAUAUGCAACCAUGUGAGUGUGAAAAGCUACAAUGUCAAUACGGAGCGACGUGUGUUGUCGGAACCAAUGGGCAGGAGCAUUGUCAAUGUCCCAAAUGCAGAAACGUGUACGCAUUCCCAGUGUGCGGGCAGUAUCUAGACACAAAGGAGGUAUACCGUUCGGAGUGCCAUAUGUUAAAAGCGGCAUGUGAACAAGGGAAAGUGAUCACUCUAGUCCAAUAUGGAGAAUGCACGUCUGAAAUUUCCGAGCCGCUGUAUUGCGGAUUAUUACCGUUCCUGGUGACUCCGGUCAACGCUAACAACUGCACGUCUAGUGUCACUCAUGACAUUGGCCUGUGUCGCGGUGGUUGCAGCACCGGAUACGAUCUAUGCUGCGAGCCUGCUACAGUUUCCUCUCAACGAAUUGAUCUUACCUGCCCAGAUGGUAGCUCCGACGAGGCACAUAUCAACGUCAUCACAGAAUGCCAGUGUACCGCUUUUGAAAACUUGGAAAACGCGAACGCUACCAGUCCUACGAAGAGGGCGGAGAGGAGCUUACGAGAAUAUUUCCAACAAACUGGCCAGAGCCUUUGUCCGGUACGAUAAACGACAGACCACAUGAAUUGUACAACUUUUCUCAUUGUAUCUUGUAAAAAUGUGUCUAAAUAAAUUAUUCUAGCCUUAUUACUCGACGUAUUAUAAAAUAACGGUACUUACCAAUUUUACAUGCGGCUGCUAUAUUCAAAUCUUUUUUUUUUCACUUGCUGUAUAAUUAAAUACACUAUGUUAUUAUUUCAAAGUCUUUAAACAUUACGAAAUUUACCUAUGGGUGUGUCAACUCUGUAAAUAUUAUAAACAACUAAACUUAUGUACAUUUCAAUUUACUAAUAUAUUUACAGUAUGUGAAAAAGUAAAGUUCUGAUAACCUUGGACUUGACGAUCUGUGUAGAAUAGUGUGCUCAGGAAUUAAAGAGGAUGGCUAAAUUAAGCGGCUUUAAAUUUGAACUGUUAUAAGCUAAGAUCUGGACAGCUAAACAAAAUAAACUAUUGCAAAUACGUUCCUGACUAUCACAGUUUCAUUGUGACGGUUACAGGAAUAAAAACCCUUCCAUUUAAAUGUAAGGGCACAAUGGCUAAAAUGCAUGAUGUAGUAUACCCCCGAUUCUAACUUUACGACUCGUGUCUGGUAAUCGAACAACUAUAGUAGUAUACACGCUUACAUGUACAUGAUAUGUAGAAAUAAAGUUAUAUUCAAACAGCA